AGUUGUUCCUUUCCUUUGAACCGCGAAGGGCCACCGGUGCGGGCCCAACAUCACGGACACUUAGAUUCCCCACGAAGCCCUUUCCAGCACAGUCGAACGCGUUGAGUAUAUAGAGCGCGUUCUGGCUACGCAAUCUGUGUUAGGGAGCAGGAUAACACGCACACCUCUAACUAUCCUUCAUCGCGUCUCGACAAAGUAACCAACAUGCCAUUGAUACGAAUCGAACUUCGCGACUUUAAGUCGUAUAGGGGUCAUCAAACGAUAGGACCUUUCAAGAACUUCACAUCCAUCAUUGGUCCCAACGGAGCAGGAAAAUCGAAUCUCAUGGACGCCAUCUCAUUUGUAUUGGGAGUGAAGAGCGCUCAACUUCGAAGUUCACAAUUGAAAGACCUUGUCUAUCGUGGUAGAAGGUUAGCCAGGCCUGACAAUGCUUCAGAACAACCUUCAAUGGCUGUCGAUGAAGACGAGGAAGAGGGUGAUGGAGAAGGAACUGCGAAGAAAGCAUGGGUACUGGCGGUGUACUGCGAUGCAGAUGAUAGAGAAUGGAGGUUUCAGCGGACGAUAUCCACCACCGGGGCAUCGGAAUACAAGUUAGAUGACCGGGUGGUCACAUACUCUGCAUACAAUGCAGCAUUGAUGAAGCAUAAUAUUCUCGUCAAAGCCAAGAACUUCCUGGUUUUCCAGGGUGACGUCGAAGCAGUGGCCUCUCAAUCUCCUCGUGAACUCUCGCGACUCAUUGAACAAAUCAGUGGGUCCCUUGAACUUGCGGCAGAAUAUGAAAAGGCCAAGGAAGAACAGGAACGAGCCACGGAGAACGCUACAUUCAACUUUACCAAGCGCCGAGGAAUAUUUGGGGAGAUAAAACAGUAUAAGGAACAAAAGGGUGAAGCGGAACGUUUUGAAGCUUUAGUGCAAGAGAGGGACCUUCUAAUUCUUCACCGUAUCCUCUUCAAACUCUAUCAUAUCGAGGACUCCAUCGAAGUCAAUGCUCAUGAAAUCCGUGAACAAAAUAAGGCAUUAGCGGGAUUGCGAGAAGAACAACGAGUGCAUGAUAAGGCUCUUGAAAAUGCUCGUACAGAACAGGCGAAAGCACGGACGAGUGUUAUGCAGGCGGAAAAGAAGAUCAAGAAAGCGGAGAAAGCUUUCGAUGCAAAGAAACCCGACCUCGUAGCUACCGAAGCACAAAUUACACACGGUACACGCAAGCACAAUAAUGCUAUGAAGACCAAGGAGGAUGUGAACAAAACGGAAAGUGAAUUGAAGCAAAGGUUGGGUACCUUGCAAACCGAGCUGGAGCAGGUGAAGAAGCUCGCAGACGAAGCGUCAGAUGCACAGCGUAAAGCUUCUCACAACAACCUGGCACUCAGUGAAGAGAGUCUUGAGGAGUAUCGAAGAUUGAAGGCGUCAGCAAGCGUACUUGCGAUCGACGAGCGGCAAUCCUUGGAAACCCUCACUCGAGAAGAAAAGACAUCUAAUCGAACACUGACCACACUCUCGGAGAAGCAAAAAGGAUUGGAAGAAAAGCGUAACACACGCUCAGAGGAGUUGAAGACGCAACUGGAAAAGAAAACUCAGCUGGACGAAAAGAUCGCCGGUCUACAAGAAGAACUCGCGAAGGUCAAGCAAGAGUUAGAUAAUCAGGCGUCUGAACGUCAAAGAAUAAGACAACUCGAAGAACAAACUAACGAGAAGCUUCAGAGAGUAUUCCAAGACCUAUUACAGGCCGGCGUUGAAAGAGGUGAAUCGGAAAGAGAGAGAAGGCUCAAAGAGACGCUUGAAAACUUGCAAAGAAUAUUUCCCGGCGUAAGGGGAAGGGUCGUAGACCUUUGCAAACCUUCGCAGCGGAAAUACGAGACAGCCGUCUCUGUAGUACUGGGACGCAACAUCGAUGCCGUUGUCGUCGACGAAGAGAAGACGGCCAUUGAUUGCAUUGAGUAUAUGAGGAAUCAACGCGCUGGACAAGCGACGUUCAUACCGCUCGACACAAUCCAGGUCAAACCCGUCAACGACAAAUUCCGUUCGUUUGCCAAGGGCGCCAGACUGGCUGUUGAUGUGAUUCAGUAUGAGCCAGCUGUUGAAAGAGCGAUUCAUCAUGCAUGCGGGAACGCACUCGUUUGCGAUACGAUGGAUGUUGCGAAAUAUGUCUGUUACGAAAAGGGCCAAGAGGUGAAAGCUGUGACUUUGGAGGGUACCAUCAUUCACAAAAGUGGUCUGAUCACUGGUGGUCGUAGUCACCAUGGCCCUGUGAAGAACUGGGAUGACAAGGAUAUCCAGGGUCUUCAACGUUCAAGAGACUCCCUUCAAGCCAAAUUGCGUGAACUUGCGAAGCAGAGGCCUCGAGGCAAGACCGAUGAUACAUUAAUUGCAGACAUCUCGCGGCUUGAGUCAAGUAUCACGAUCGCAAAAGAUGACUUGAACGCCUGUAAAUUACGAAUAACAGGUCUCAAGGACGAACUGAAACAUCUUGAACAAGAGAUUAAGAAGACUACUCCCGAAUUGAGCAAGGCACAAGCGACAUACGAUAACAUUCGACAACAAAUUGCUUCGCUGUCGGAGGUUGUCAACAGCGCAGAAGACGGGAUGUUCAAGAACUUUUGUAGGAAGAUCAAAAUCGAGAAUAUACGAGAAUAUGAGGAACGUCAGCUGAAAUUGGCUCAAGAGGAAAGCGAGGCGAGAUUGAGAUUUGAGAACCAGAUUGCGAGAUUAACGCAUCAAUCUGAAUUUGAGGGUGAAGCCCUGAAGAACGCUCAAGAGCGGAUCAAAACGCUGGAUGGAAUCAUCGAAACCGAAAAGGCGAAUUUGAUCAAACUCGAAGCUCAGAAGAGUAAUAUCGAAAUGGAGCUGGAAGAGAUGGAGCAGAAUAUCAAUGAAUUGCGAGCGGGCUUGACUGGGCUUCAAGAGAUAUUGGAAGGAAAGACAAGAGACGUUGAGCAAGUCAAGCGUACGACAUCCAAAGCUUCCAAGACGCUUGAACAAGCAUUGAAAGAGAUCAGUGUGCGGAAUGACGAGAUAGAGAAGCUAGCUUUAGAACGGUCUUCGAUAUAUCGGAAAUGCAGACUUGAGGAGAUCCAACUACCGUUGCUAUCAGGAAAUCUAAAGAAUGUGCCUAUGGAAGAGAAUCUUCGUGAUGAAGUCGCCAUGGAUAUCGACCAAGACGAAGAUGGUACUCAGCGUCCGAAAGAGGUGCGGGGAUAUGGAAUUGAAGUGGAUUUUGAGGAAGUAGAUGAAGAUGAGCGUGAGAGAGAACCGGCAGAGGCACUGGCUGAAUUCGAUGCUUCGAUAACAAAACUCUCAGGUGAUAUUGAGAGGAUGGCUCCGAAUAUGAAGGCUGUGGAUAGACUUGAAGACGUCGAAGUCAAACUAGCAGAGACAGAGCAAGAAACAGAGAAAGCUCGUAAAGAUUCUCGGGAGGCGAAAGACAAGUUCCAAGAUAUUCAGAGACGCCGCACGGAAAUGUUCAUGAAGGCGUAUGCACACAUAUCAGACCGUAUAGAUCAAGUGUAUAAGGAUCUGACAAAAGGCAAAGCUGCUCCUAUGGGCGGUGUGGCGUAUCUCAGCCUUGACGAUGCUGAGGAACCUUACAACGGCGGUAUCAAAUACCAUGCAAUGCCGCCUAUGAAGCGGUUCCGUGAUAUGGAACAGCUUUCGGGAGGAGAAAAGACGGUUGCCGCUUUAGCUCUGCUCUUCGCUAUUCAUAGUUAUCAACCGGCGCCCUUCUUCGUCCUUGACGAAGUGGAUGCUGCCCUUGACAACACCAAUGUCGCUAAAGUUGCGAACUACAUUCGGACACAGGCUUCUGACGCUUUCCAAUUCAUUGUUAUCAGUUUGAAAGGGUCGUUGUAUGAGAGAGGACAUUCUCUCGUGGGGAUUUAUCGCGAUCAGGACGUGAAUAGUUCUAGAACUCUUACACUCGAUCUCACUCAAUAUGACGAGUGAUACGUGGCGAUUGUACUUGUGAUUCUUUAUUUUCCAGUUCUCGUCGGUCUGUUGUCGUUUCAUGUUCCGUUUAACCCUAUCAUUAUUACCCAUCCUUACACAGUGUACUUCUUCUCGUAUCUCGCUGCUAUGUACUUAUUUAGCUGUGUACACUUUUGGCCGUGGACUGCUUCUAACGCGGGCGUCUGCUGGGCGUCUACGAGGCGCCUACUUUUCGACCUUGAAUGGCGAAUGGUGGCGCGACUGACGUCACGGGUAUCGACGUCAGGGCCUCCCUGGUUUCCCUAUCGACAUGCU